UCCGUUCGUGAAUUUAUUCCGAUCAUUUUCAAUUUUCAACGGUGGCGGCUACAAUUUCAUUGAUUCUUCCUUAUUUUUCAUUGUGAAACCAAAAUCUUAUAUAGAAUCGCGGUUUGCUCUGAAAUGGAUAUUGAUAACGAUUUCACGUUUUGUCAGGUCAGUUCACAUGUUGAUGGUGAUGAUGGUGUUGAAACAAACAAGCUUGUUUCAGAUAUUGCUGAUAUUUCCAUAAAAGAAGAAUCAUCAAAUGGAAGUAGUAGUAGUAAUAGUAAUAGUAAUAGUAGUGGUCACAACGGUGGUUUCUUGUGGAAGGAUGGUUUGCCAGAUAAUUCCAAUUCUAAAAGGGAGGGUACGGUUGGUUCUCUGUCUUUUAGUGUAAUUAACACAAAUUCAAGUCAGAAGAGUGAAUUGAAGGAAAAAUUAGUACCAAGUGAUGCUAAGAAUUCACCUCAGAAGACACUGGAACAGAAGAAUUCAGUUAAAAAGCCAACAGUUCGGGCCAAAGUUCCUUUUGAAAAAGGGUAUAGUCAAAUGGACUGGCUCAAGCUUACCCGAUCACAUCCCGACCUUGCAGGUUUAAAGGGACAGUCAAACAGGAGGCUUAUUUCUAUGGAUGAAGUGAAAAAACACCAGACAGAGGGCCAAAUGUGGACUGUUUUAAAAGGCCGUGUUUACAAUAUAUCUCCAUAUAUGAAGUUUCACCCCGGAGGUGUUGAUAUGUUGAUGAAGGCAGUGGGAAAAGAUUGCACAUCUAUAUUCAAUAAAUACCAUGCUUGGGUUAAUGCUGAUUUCUUAUUGGAGAAAUGCCUUCUGGGUACUUUAGAUGACAGUCAGUGAAGAAAGAAUAGUUUUAUUAUAAUAAUGAAUAAUCACAUGAAGCUAGCCUUGGCUCCAGUCUGUUGUAUCUCUUGGGCCCUCGUCUAUUUACUGGUCAGGGCUCUCAUGCAAUGGGGAAUGAAUUCUAUGCAUGUACUUGUUUAUGUUUAAAGAAUCCCGGCCAAUGGGAACUUGCUGUAUAAUUAUGGAUGAGUACUGUUAUUCUGUAAAUUGAAAUUUUGAUUAACAAUGUGAUGGGCCUUUAAUAAAAUAUCCAAGCCCAUUAGUUAGGAAUUAGUAUAUAUAGGUGUUUAGGGUGGGGUUUCUUUUUGCUGAAUAUUAUGGAUAAAUUGGGGAAUUAGGAGAGGAAAUAGGGAAGCUCUCAAGGCUAGGUUGUUGUCUUUUAGUGGAGUUUUUCCUCAUUAUGUCGGUUACUACGUUCUGCAGUUUAAUUGUAUUUCUAUCAUUGUUUUGUUGUUGAGGUCUGUAACUCUGUAUUACAAGUCAUGGAGUCUGUGGUUGCUUGUAUUUUGCUUGCUGUCAGUACUGUAACGGAGCUUGUCUCCAAUGAACUUUUGGUGUUAUCCGUGGUUAUUUUUGUGGGUUCCAUCACAAUGUAACAUUUCAUACAUGUUUGUUGACUCUGUUCAUUUAUGUAAA